CCAGCGACGGUGUUUUUGGGGGGACAAGUUCACAGAUCAACAUUGGGCAGAAAUCGAGCGGGAACAUUUUUGCAACCGAUCGAGACAAAUCUCGACAGUGGAUUACCGAGUGCGGGGGACUGUUCGACCGGCAUAUCUACCGUUGAUAGCAGGACGAGGCAGCGGGACGAAAGGCAGCAACGAAGCGUCACCAUGAGGCUAACCGUGUGGUCUCUGAUCGUGGUUCUCGCGUUGAUUGGCCUGAACGCCGCAUUACCUGCCAAUGCGGAAGCUAAGGCUCACGAAAAGGUGGCGGAGAGAGAAGGCGAAAAGUUCUUAGAAGAGUUUACAGACGAUGAGUCUGAGAAGGGAAAACGUUUUGGGAAGGGUGGCGCCUACGAUCCCCUAUCAGCAGGCUUCACAGACAAGCGUUUUGGAAAGGGCGGCGCCUACGAUCCUCUAUCUGCAGGAUUCGCAGACAAGCGUUUUGGAAAGGGGGGCGCCUACGAUCCUCUCUCAGCCGGCUUCACAGAUAAGCGUUUCGGAAAGGGUGGCGCCUACGAUCCUUUAUCUGCAGGAUUUACAGAUAAGCGUUUUGGGAAGGGUGGAGCCUACGAUCCUCUCUCAGCCGGCUUCACAGAUAAGCGUUUUGGGAUGGGUGGCGCCUAUGAUCCCCUAUCAGCAGGCUUCACAGACAAGCGAUUUGGGAAGGGCGGCGCCUACGAUCCCCUCUCAGCCGGCUUCGCAGACAAGCGUUUUGGAAAGGGUGGCGCUUACGAUCCCCUCUCAGCAGGCUUCGCAGACAAGCGUUUUGGGAUGGGUGGCGCUUACGAUCCCCUAUCAGCAGGUUUCACAGACAAGCGUUUUGGGAAAGGUGGCGCCUACGACCCCCUCUCAGCCGGCUUCGCAGACAAGCGUUUUGGAAAGGGUGGCGCCUACGAUCCUCUUUCUGCAGGUUUCACAGACAAGCGUUUUGGAAUGGGGGGUGCGUACGAUCCCCUCUCAGCAGGCUUCACAGAUAAGCGUUUUGGGAUGGGUGGCGCCUAUGACCCUCUCUCAGCCGGCUUCACAGAUAAGCGAUUUGGGAAGGGCGGCGCCUACGAUCCCCUAUCAGCAGGCUUCACAGACAAGCGUUUCGGGCAGGGUGGAGCCUACGAUCCCCUCUCAGCAGGCUUCACAGAUAAGCGUUUUGGAAAGGGUGGCGCCUACGACCCCCUUUCAGCAGGCUUCACAGACAAGCGUUUUGGGAAAGGUGGCGCCUACGACCCCCUUUCUGCAGGCUUCACAGACAAGCGUAGUUUCUUGCACGGACAAUACGAUCCUCUCACCACUGGCUUCGUCGACGGUGACAAGCGUGGAGGAUUUAUGCGUGGUCCUUUCCGUCACCUCGUCACAACUAAGCGAGAGCCCGAGAAGAAAGACAGCCGGUAAGGAGACUAAGGUUCGCAGGAUUUCCUAUUACAAAUAACUCGAAAACGUGUUCCUGAAUCCUUUCGACACUGUACAAAGAUCUGUUGAAGCCACUGACUCUAAAAAUGUCCAAUGAUGUUCCUACAUUGUUCCAAAAGGUCAACAAGAGGUCGAGAAGGUAAAUCAACAAUAGGUUUACUGGCGGACCUACUUGAAUGUGAUGCCUCUAAGUAGUUUAUUAGUUUAAAAAAAAACGCACAUGGUUUUCAGCGUCGAUGGGCUCGUCUCAGUAUCCAUCGGCUCUGUUCCAUCCACCACUUUCUUACCUAUAAAACGCUCACAUUAUGGUUAACAUUUUAUUCCCCUCUGGUUUGUCUAACUGUACUUCCCUUCAUACUCCAUGAUGCACUUUUAGGGCAGCAACCAUUAAUGCAUGCUUCAAUCCUAUACUCCCUUGGGCUAAUUCUCUAUUUCGCUUCAUGUUCCACGCCCUUCUAUGUAUCCACUAUCGUUUGAUACUGUCGAUAAUUUGGAGGUUUAAAUAAUAAGCAUAGUAACCUAACAGGCAACCGUGUUUUCUUCAAGGAUGAAGCUCAAAGCUGGGGAAUGGAAAACGCUUGAAGAAGAGCAGUCGUUUGCACAUCUUUCUUUCUCUCUCUCUCGAGAUGUUAUUGCUAAUUGAAAAGGUGGAAUUGUGAUCCGGUUCCUAAACCUGUUAUUUGAAUGUGUACUGUUGGCUAAACUAAUGUAAUAAAUUAAAAGUAUUGUCGUUAGACUUGGCAUCGAGCCCCCGAUAAAUAUAUAGUACUGAGUAGCAAAUAGUAAUAUAAGCAAUACCUUCUUUUAUUUCAAGAAUAUCAGCUCCAAUUUAUUGAGUUUGACCGAUUAUAUGAAGUGACCGAAUGGUAUAUGAAACAGUUGGAACAAUUGCAUUCGCUAGGAGUUAACAAGCGAUUUCUAAGAGACGGUUUGUAUGAAGCUGCCAUGGCUAGCAUGUGCAUUUACGAUAAGGAAUAUAAAUACAUCACAACAAUCCCAGUUGUACUCACGAUAUGCGACUUCCAUAGCAAAGCAAAAUAAACUACUCCCUUGUCAGAAGUACCGAUGGAUUUUUUGUUCAAAUGUUACGGCGCUUCUUGGAGGAAUCAUGGUUUUCUUUUCCCUGACAAACUAUGGUAAGUUUUUCUGUGUAUAUCCGGUAGUGCAAACUCGAUACCUGUUUUAUAAUUAUGUUUCGAGGGGCCACACGAAAGGACGGAUUCCUUUUGAGUACUUCCAAAGUAAUAACAAUGUAUGUAAAUUUUCCGUUGCCUAUUGAUAGUUAUUUAAAUAAUAACAACAAUAUAUUGUCUGGUAGGAUACAUCUUGUGAUUAAUUCUCUAAUGCAUAUUAUACUGAGGCGACUAUGUCAGCCGCUCCAAUUUAUUUAAGGCUUGCGUGUCGCUAUUAUUUAUUAUGUGGAUGAACAAUCUUCACUACAUUAGUAUUAUCAUUAUACUUUAUAAACUUUGAUACAUCAGAUACUUAGGAAUAUGGGGUUGCAGUCCAUAAGCAAUUAUAAACAAUCGUGUGAUAUACAGAUUACAGAUAAAUUUUAGGGCACAUGAAGUUAAACCAAAUUUGAAUAAUACUCUAAGCAGAAAACUAGUCAUGGUAGUAAAAACGAGGAUCGUCGUUGCUAACCCAGGUGUACUUGGAUUAAUAUGUGUUAAGAGCGUAACUGUAAUUCAACUGUAAAUAAACCAGAAGUUAUAGUCCAGGUAAGAGUCUGGGCUUGCAUCGUA